UUUAUGCUGUGGAAGUUGGAGCCAUCAAGGUGGACCAAGGACAGAAGGAUGUAGCAGCUUUAAUGGUGGGGAAUGGGAAUCGAAUUAAAGAUAUGUUACCUGUCAAUUUAUUUGUACUAACACUUUGAAAUGAGCACUGUAGAUGUUGAAACUGUAGCAAAAGUAAGAGAAACAUAAAAUAGAAAUAAGAAGUAAUUAGGGUUUCUGGGUGGUCAAUGUAGCUUCAUCUUUAUCGAUCAAAACAAAGAAAUGAGGGUUUUUGAAGUUCCAUUGUUGUCAUUCAUUGUGAUAAUUCUCUUCUCUUUGUCACAAACACCAACAUUUGCUGUUAAAAAGUCUUAUGUUGUCUACUUGGGUGCACACUCACAUGGACCAGAAGUUACACAAUCAGAAUUGGAGAAAGUGACUGAUUCUCAUUAUCAGUUACUGAGUACUGUUUUAGGAAGUCUUGAAAAGGCCAGAGAAUCAAUUUUUUACUCAUAUACAAGAUAUAUAAAUGGUUUUGCUGCAGUCCUUGAUACCCAAGAAGCAGAGGAAAUUUCAAAGAAUCCAAAUGUUUUUUCUGUUUUUGAAAAUCAAGGAAGGAAAUUACACACCACCUAUUCAUGGAACUUCCUUGGACUAGAAUCCGAUAGCGGUGUAGUCCUGUCUCGCUCAGUAUGGAAAAUGGCGAGGUAUGGGGAAGAUACAAUCAUUGCCAACUUGGAUUCCGGAGUGUGGCCUGAAUCAAAAAGCUUUAGUGAUGAAGGAAUGGGACCAGUUCCAUCAAGAUGGAAAGGAACUUGUCAGAGUAACACUAGAAAUGGAGUUCAUUGCAACAAGAAGUUGAUUGGGGCGAGAUACUUCAUCAAGGGAUAUGCUGCUGCAGUGGGUUCAUCAAACGUCAGAAAAAAUAUUAUAUCAGCACGUGAUUAUAAUGGACACGGGACCCACACACUAUCGACGGCCGGUGGUAACUCCGUCCCAGGUGUUAGUGUGUCUGGUAACUUCCGUUUAGGUAAUGGUACAGCCAAGGGCGGGGCUCCCAGAGCUCGUGUUGCUUCUUACAAAGUCUGUUGGAUACCUGUAUAUGACGGCAGUGGAUGUUAUGAUGCUGAUAUUCUGGCUGCCUUUGAAGCCGCCAUUCACGAUGGUGUCGAUGUUAUAUCUGUAUCAAUUGGUAAAUCAGCUUCUGAUUACUUCAGCGAUGGUAUUGCCACUGGUUCAUUCCAUGCCGUGAAGCAUGGUAUCACUGUCAUCACCGCAGCCGGUAAUAUUGAUACGGAAUCUGUCACCAAGGAUGAAUCGGUUACCAAUGUCGCUCCUUGGGUGUUAACGGUUGGUGCUAACACGAUGGACCGGGAGUUUCCUGUUAGAAUUGGACUUGGCAAUCGAAAGCACCUUGAGGGCCAGAGUUUAUAUCCAGGACCUUUGCCAAUUCGGAAAUUUUAUCCUUUGAUUAAUGGCACAGCUGCAAGAGCAGCGAAUUCGACAGAUCAUGAUGCUCAGUUGUGUAUUGCUGGGUCACUUGAUAUUAAGAAGGUAAAGGGGAAGAUAUUGGCAUGCCUUCGGGGAAUAACAAAUCGAACGGAUAAAGGUAGAGUCGCUCUUGAUGCUGGGGCCAUUGGGAUGAUUCUGGUCAAUGACAUUUUAACCGGGAAAGAAACUGUAGCUGAUCAUCAUGUUCUUCCCAGUGCACACAUCAACUACCGAGAUGGUCUGAUCUUGCUCUCUUACAUCAAUUCAACAAAGUCACCAGAUGUUUUUAUGACGCGUGCAAGAACGCAAUUUGGUGGGAAAGCAGCACCUGUCAUGGCUAGUUUCUCAUGUAAAGGACCCAAUACUAUCACACCUGAAAUUCUUAAGCCUGAUAUCACUGCACCAGGAGUAAAUAUUAUUGCAGCAGUCAUUCCAACAGCAGGCCCUACAGGUGAAACAGACAAUCCCGUUUUUUAUAGUGCCAAAACUGGAACUUCAAUGUCAUGCCCUCAUAUUUCUGGUAUCGCUGGCCUUCUCAAAACACUUCAUCCCGAUUGGAGUCCAUCUGCAAUUAAAUCAGCAAUUAUGACUACUGCAAGGACCCGAGAUAGCCGGAAGUUGGCAAUGCGGAACUCGUCAAAUAUCCAAGCAACCCCAUUCAAUUAUGGAUCAGGACAAGUGAGACCCAACGCUGCUAUGAACCCUGGUUUGGUGUACGACUUAAAAACUAACGACUACCUAAACUUCCUCUGUGGACUUGGCUAUGAUGAAUCCAAACUCAAGGCUUUCAGUACUGCAGGCAUGCAUUAUAAAUGCCCUAAGUCGUACAACCUAACCAAUUUUAACUACCCUUCUGUCACUGUACCUCAUCUCCAUGGUUCAAUUACUGUGACAAGAACCCUUACGAAUGUUGGUUCUCCUGGAACCUACAAAGCUCGAAUACGUGCACCUCGAAGGAUAAGGGUAUCCGUUGAGCCAAAAACGUUAACAUUUGACAAGAUCGGUGAAGAAAAGACUUUUAAAAUAAACUUGAAGGCUGUCUUCAAAAAGAGAAGGAACUCGAAGGCUGUACAUUCUGCGAACGAAUAUACAUUUGGGAGGCUAACAUGGAGUGAUGGUGUGCAUUUUGUUAGGACCCCUGUUGUAGUGAGGGCAGUUACUGCAUUGCGGUAGUAUUUUUGUUCAGCAACUAUUUUCUUAAUCUAAUAUUAUCUAUUUUUUUGAUGAAUUAAUCUAAUAUUUUCAUUCUAA